GCGGGCGGUUGCAGCCGGAGGACCUACUGUCGGUGCCGCGGGAAUCGCUCUGGCAACCACUUCUCCAAAGACCCCUGGUUCCGUUUAUUGGAGGAUGGUAUUUAGAAGCCAAGUUUUGGGCACUGAGUUUGAGCUUAUUUCUUAAUUGACAUAUUUGUUCUCUUGCCAGUGAUGUCUGAUGUCCCAGCUAAUGGCGUUGUCCACUGCAGUGCCGAAAAGAUACUCCCAAGGUCCCAGCAGCGACACAGCUAAUGUAGGCUCGGUUUGCACUCUGCUGCGUAGACUCUGAACAGGAGUGAUGCCUCCAGGCAGGUGGUAUGCCGUCCAUCCAGCUCAGGCCCAGGCUUCCAGGGAGCGAGGACGCCUUCAGAUGGUGAAGCAGGAAGAGGGUGAAGGCUACGCUUCAGUGCAGGCUGCCAGGCCGCAGACACUCAACCGUCCUGGCCAGGAACUGUUCCGUCAGCUCUUCAGACAGCUUCGCUACCAUGAGUCUUCUGGGCCCCUGGAGACCUUGAGCCGGCUCCGGGAGCUCUGCCGCUGGUGGCUGAGGCCUGACGCUCUCUCCAAGGCCCAGAUGCUGGAGCUGCUGGUGCUGGAGCAGUUCCUGAGCAUCCUGCCUGCGGAGCUCCGGACCUGGGUGCAGCUGCAUCACCCUGAGAGUGGCGGGGAGGCCGCGGCCCUGUUAGAAGAGCUGCAGAGAGACGUCAGUGGGACACCAUGGAGGGACCCAGCCCCUGCCCAGAGCCCAGAUGUGCAUUGGAUGGGUACAGAAGCCCUGCGAGACGCGCAGAUAUGGCCCUCAGCGUCACCUCUCGGGAGCAGCUCUGCUUUGGGGGACAACCUGGAGCCUCCCUCCGAAGCAGGAGUGCCUGACCUCCUGGCGGGGCAAUCCGAUCCUCCUGCUGCCCAGGUGCCUGACCUUCCCCAAAGAGAGGGGUGUCCAGCAGACCAGGUGACAGCCCAGCCUCAGGAGGCUCUGACUUUCAAGGACGUGGAGGUGACGUUCUCUCAGGAUGAGUGGGGAUGGCUGACCCCUGCUCAGAGGAACCUAUACAGGGAUGUGAUGCUGGAGAACUAUGGGAACCUGGCUUCUCUGGUGGGGCCGUUCACCAAACCUGUUCUGAUCUCCUGGUUGGAGACACGGGAGCCUUGGGGCCUGAAUGUCCAGGAAGCUCAGCCCCAGGAGAAUCCAGGUGCUGCCCCUGCAGGAGGUGAGCUCCAGAUUGAAACAAACAAGUUCAUCUUAAAACAUGAAUCUUUGGAAGAAGCGGAAACCUUAACUGUGCCCUCAGGAAGUCAGGUGAUGAGUGUUUCUGAGGAAACAGGGCUCAGAGCACCUUUUGAACAGAAGAGCAGGUUACAGGAGCAAUGUGAGAACCCCGUGCAAGUCAGCGUUAAGAAAGAAGAGACUAGUUUCAGUCACAGGACCGGAAAAGAACCUGAAGAAUCAGAAGGCAGUAAUAGUGUUAACCUAAAACAUGUCCCAUGUUUGAGAGUUCCCAAAAGAAAGCGAUCCCUUAAGCAUGGUUAUGGCCGACACUUCAGAGGCAGUUCAUACCACUACGACUGCAAGGAAUGCACAAAGGGGCUCAGACGCAUGAUGGGCGGCUUCAGCCUGCAGCAGAGGAUUCAUGCCGGCCUCAAAGGGGCUGCCAAGGAUGCACACGGGAAGGACUUCAGCCUUAGCGCUCAUCACCAACAUGGGCAGAACCUUCACCCGCUGGGGACAUCGUACAAGUGCAGUGACUGUGGGAGGACCUUCAGCCAUAGCUCCCAUCUUGCAUAUCAUCAGAGACUUCACACUCAAGAGAAACCAUUUAAAUGUAGGGUGUGUGGGAAAGCCUUCAAGUGGAGCUCAAACCGGGCACGGCAUGAGAAAAUCCACACUGGAUUGAAGCCGUAUAAAUGCGGUUUAUGUGACAAAGCUUUCCAGCGCAUGUUUGCCUACCAUCUGCACCAGGAAACCCACGCUAAUCAGAAGUUUCUUGAAUCUAAUCAGUGUGAGGAAGCUCUCGCCCAUGGCUCAGGGUUUGAUCAUCAAUUGCAAGCCCAAAGUGGGGAGGAGCUCUUUGACUGCAGCCAGUGUAGGAAAUCCUUCCACUGUAAGUCGUAUGUCCUUCAACAUCAAAGGAUCCACACCCAGGAGAAACCCUAUAAAUGUACCAAAUGUAGGAAAACCUUUAGGUGGAGGUCAAACUUUUCUCGUCAUAUGCGAAUGCACCAGGAAGAAAAGUUCUACAGUCAAGACAUGUGUAGAGAAGACUUCAAGGAGACCUCCAACUGCAGUCAGCCCCAGAGAUCCACCCCCAUUGUGGAGAAAGCUUUCCUGUGUCAGCAGUGUGGGAAAGCUUUUAUGGGAAAGAAAUCUCUCAUGAAUCAUCAGAGAAUUCACAUGGGCGAGAAACGAUACCGAUGUAGCGAAUGUGCGAAAGAGUUUAUCCACAGGUCAGCCUUUAUUGUGCAUAAGAAGCAGCACGCCAUGAAAAGAAAACCUGAGGCGGGGCCCUCUUUCAGUCAGGACAGAGUGUUCCCAGCCCCUCAGAGCAGUCACACUGCAGAGGAACCCUUCAAAUGUAACCAGUGUGGCAAAGCCUUCCGUAACCACUCGUUUCUCCUCAUACACCAGCGAGUUCACACCAGAGAGAAGCCUUACAAGUGCAGGGAGUGUGGGAAAGCUUUCAGGUGGAGUUCUAACCUCUCGCGACAUCAGAGGGGUCACUCUUUGGAAAAACGGUACGAAUACCACGAGAGCAGAAACCCUCCAAUUCUGCAGCCACAGCUCCUCACUGGUGAGAAACCUUUUUGGUGCCAAGAAUGCGGGAAAACCUUUACACGUAAAAGAAGUCUUUUAGAUCAUAAGGGAAUACACAGUGGAGAGAAGCGCUAUAAAUGUAACCUGUGUGAAAAAUCUUAUGAUAGAAAUUAUCGCCUUGUGAAUCAUCAAAGAAUCCACACUAAAGAGAGACCUUUUAAAUGUGAGUGGUGCGGAAAAGAUUUCAUCGGGAGACAUACCCUCUGCAUCCAUCAGAGAAAACACACAAGGAUGAUACAGUCUGAAAGCAGCCUGGCUGAGUCUUCCUCACAGGACACAGGGGUGAGUUCACAGGAAUUAAAGCCAAGUGGGGAGAAGCCCCUUGAAGCUUGUGAGGAAGCUUGUGAGCAGAGUGCCAGGCUCACUGGACCCCAGGACAUACCCAUGAAGAAAAAGGGCCACAGAUGUAGUACGUGUGGGAAAGCUUUCAGCAAGACCUCGCAGCUCCUUAGCCAUAAGAGAUUUCAUACUCGAGAGAGGCCCUUCAAAUGCGAGCAGUGUGGGAAAACCUUCCGGUGGAGUUCAAAUCUGGCCCGUCAUAUGAAAAAGCAUAUUAAUGAUUAGCUUGGGACCUGACAGUGGGAGGCGAGGGAGUCCUGGCUACCCUGCUAGAGAACCCUUAAUUGUGGGCAGUGCAGGGAAAACCUUCCCAAGGGGCCCCACCAUUUCUGUUUUGGAAGCUAGUCACAGAGAAUCCUGAAGAUUCAACAACUCAGGGCGUCCCCUAUCCUACCCACUGGGAAAUGAGAUCUUUGGGGACCUUCUGGAGACUCAGGCCCCCCAGAGGUAGCGCUCAUGACCUGGAGCGCUCCCAGCCAGGUCGCCUUCCGUAACUCUGGAGAGAGAGAGAUCGUUCUUUCUGGUUUGACAGAAUGUCUGUGGCAUGGUGGGCUGUGGCUGCUGGGGAGGGGCCACGUGGUUCCUCAGUUUCCCUCUGCGUCUGGCCUGUUAUGGUACCUGUUCUGUUUGACCUUAAUCAGCAGCAGCGGCAGGAGGAACUGGUUCUGGUCUCCCCAGAUGCCUCCUGGGCAGUUCUGCUGCAGCUUCAGCCUUCGCAGCUGCCUCGGGAUAUCUGCUGUGGGCGUAGAGUUGUCUCAGUGGCCAGUGGAGGACGGAGCGCUCCCAGUGCCCCACCCACAGGUGACGCACAGCUGGGCAGCAGCGGUCCAUCGGUUAAACAGAAAUGUGCUGAGCUCCUCCCACGUGCCAGGCACUGUUGUUUUUGCAAGAGACCCAGCAGUGACCAGAACAGACAGACAAAGCUGCCAUCUUGGAUCUUUACGGACAAUAAACAUGUGAGAUACAUACAGUAUUUUGGAUGGUGAUGUGUGUUGUGGACAAAAUAAUUCAGAGAAGAGUGAGAGGGAGUGCUGGGUUGGGAGGUGGGUUGCGACUGCAAAUAGCGUGAUCACCAAGGGCCUCAACUGAGAAGCUGAAGUUUGAGCAGAGACUUGAAGGAAGUCAGCGAGUGAGCCCUGUAGGUCUCUAGAACCAGGCGCAGGAGGCGGAGUCUUGUCUGGUGUCCUCGGAAGGACAAGGAGAUCCCUGGGCUCGAGUGGAGUGAACCAGCUGGAAGAGAGGGGCCUCGGGAGGUGGUGGGCCACGUGUGAGCAUCGGGUCCUCACGGGCUGAGGCUGCCUCAAGGGCAGGCAGGGAGCUUUCAGACAGUUUGAGUUGAGUGAUGGGGUCUGAAUCUGAAUUACAUUUGACAAGAGUUAACCUCAGACCCAAGGACUCAGUAAAAUGAUAAAGCUGAAAAAUUGGGUGCAGUUAUCCCUGUUGCCAGUUUCCAUGUGUCUGAGUAUCGUAUGGGACCGCCAGCUGGCUCUCCACAGGCGUAAGCAAUUGCUGUGCUGCGUCGCUAACCUCUGCACACUCUGCGCUCUCCCCCUUCACCUGCAGUGCCACACCCCUACCCGUGCUGGCCCAGGUCCUCACUCUUCAAGGCCCAACUUUCCCGGACCCUCGUCCCUCUAAGCCCGCUCCCUGGUGCCUGUAUCUUGCUGUGUUAGGUGUUACCUGGGUUCCCAAAGUUUUGCCCACGAUUGCAGCCAGACUGGGCACUCUGGAGGCCAGGGGUGGGCACUUGUUUUUCUGUUGUAGAGAUUUUUCACAAAGUCGUCUCUGUUAAGGAAUUUGUUCAGCUACUGUGUUUCCCUGAAAAAUAAGACCUAGCUGGACCAUCAGCUCUAAUGCGUCUUUUGGAGCAAAAAUUAAUACAAGA